AUGCCUUUAUCUUGUUCAAUGUUGGAAAUGCUGCCCGAUGAGAUAAUUUUAGAAGUUUGUCGAUAUCUUCAUAGUGGUGAUGUACUCUAUUCAUUUUUUGGCCUUAAUUUUCGUCUAAAUCAAACAAUAACUUUUUAUCGUCAACAUGUUUCACUUCAUAAAACAUUUUACAUGCAAUUUAUUGAAAUAUUCACCAUAAUUCUCCCGAAAAUAGAAUCAUCAAUUCGUUCUUUAGUUAUUUUUGAAUUAGAAUCACCAUUAUUCUUCGAAUCAUUUAAAACUAAUCAUAUAUAUGAACGUUUAGAAAAAUUGACAUUAGUAAAUUGGACUGAUGAAAAAUUAAUUUUAUUUCUUGACACUUUACAUGGAAUGAAACAUUUUCAUACACUUGUUAUACAAGCACUUGAUUUGACAGAAUCAGUAACAAAUAUAAAUCUUCUAAGGAAGAUCCUCGGUGCAAAUGACAAUCGAUUGACAAAUAUUUUUUUUGAUCAUGAAUGUGAUGCAUUUAAUUUAAUAGAAGAAAACGAAACGCAAACUAUAUUUUCAAAUAUAAUUAAAAUUGAUAUUGAAUUACAAACAACAAAAGAUCUUUUAAAACUUGUUCAAUUUACUCCCAAUGUUAAACAAAUUCAUACAACAUUUAAACGCCCGUUGACAAAAAUUUUAUUUGGCCAAGAAAUAUUUACUCAUUUAACAGAACUAAGUGUCUAUGCUAUGAGUUGGUUUUCAACAUUUGAUGAUCUGAAAACAUUGAUUCAGAUUUCGCCUACGAUUGAAAAUUUCUCAUUUGUUCUUGUUACUCGUGAUUAUUCUAUGAUCGAUGGAAAACAUGUACUUUCAAUUGUUCCUUCGCGUGUAAAACAAUUCAAUUAUAGUAUUUGUUAUCAUUUAUCAGAUAUAGAUGAUGAUUUUAAUGCAAGCAUUAUUAUAAAAUCGUGGAAAUCUAUUCCUAUUGCAUAUUCAAUAAGUGAACAUGAUAAGCGAAUUUUUUUACAUACUAUUUUAUAUCAACCGAAUCGUCUUUCUCUUCGUUCUUUGUUUAAUAAAAAUAUGUCAACCGACUACAAUAGUCAAAUUUAUAAGAAAGUUCGUCAUUUACAUGUUUAUGACACAAAUUCUUUAUCAGAAAUAUCUGGUAUUGUACGGCAUUGUCGACAAAUUCUUGAUUUAAUUGUUUCUAUUCGAACAUUACCAUCAAGAAAUUCAGAUACACAAAAGACAUCAAUUGCACUUCCGUAUCUUGGUCGACUUGAUUUUCUUUCUAUUCAAGGCACUCCACCUGACUCGCAUUAUAUAGAACGAAUUUUAUUAGUUGCACCAAAUCUGUCUGCAAUAUCUAUUGAUUUUGAUUGUUUAUUUAAAUUACUUAGCGAUGAUGAUCAAUCACUUUCUCUAUUCUAUCUUCUUUAUCGGCGCAUUGUCAUUUUAUGCAUUCGAUUUGAGGAGACAGCGAUCGAAAAAUUGACUGCCGAACAUAUUCAUUGUAUUGCUCGAAUAUUCUUUCGAGUAAAUCAUAUGUGCAUCGAUUUAAGAAAUUCAAAGUUAAGAAUUGAAUCUCAAAUAAUAUCAUUAAUUUUGAAAUAUUUUCCAAAAUUAAUGGUUCUUAGUUUGUAUGGUCAACUAUCUGAAGAUAUUAAUGCGAACAAAGAUAUGCUAUACCAAUAUCUUGUUGAACAAUCAAUAGGACGUUUGACAAAUGUAAAUAGAUUUAAGAUUGAUUAUGGAAAGGAAAGAUUAAAAGUAUGGAUGUGA